AUUCGAAAACUUGCACGGUGAGGGACGCCGUGGUGGAGAAAGACAGCGUUGCGAACUAAACACACAAUGGCGACGGCGGCGACAACGGCAGGCGGAACGGGUUCAGGCGGUCCAGCUACUGGCCUCGUCGGCGGCGGAAACGUGGUGGGACGUAAGAAAGAUGGUGGUCCUUCUACGAAAUUCUGGGAAAGUUCAGAAACCAUAUCCCAGUUGGAAACGGUGCGACUGUGGAUCGGAAAGCACUAUAAGAAGUACGUCCAGAAUGACUCCCCAUCUAGUAAGUCCUUGGCAGGCCUUGUGGUCCAGCUCCUGCAGUUCCAGGAAGAUGCGUUUGGACGCAGGGUCAACAAUCCAGCUCUUACCAAGCUGCCUGCCAAGUGUUUCCUGGAUUUCAAGGCAGGAGGUGCUCUCUGUCACAUCUUGGGGUCGGCUUACAAGUUCAAGAGUGAGCAGGGCUGGCGAAGAUUUGACCUGCAGAAUCCUUCCCGGAUGGACAGGAAUGUGGAAAUGUUCUUAAAUGUAGAGAAGAACUUGGUCCAGAACAACUGUUUGACUCGGCCCAUUGUUUUCUUGUCGCCGGACAUAGAGCAGAAACAGGCCAGUAAGCUCAAAGAUAUCAUCAAAAGACACCAGGGAUCCAUCACUGAGGAUAAGUCAAAGGCAACCCAUCACAUUUACCCAUCUCUGACUCAGCAAGAAGAAGAGGAAUGGCUGCGUCCUGUUCUGAGGAAAGACAAGCAGGUGCUCGUCCACUGGGGCCUUUACCCAGACAGCUAUGACACCUGGGUAUCAGCCAGUGAGGUGGAUGCAGAUGUGGAAGACCCUCCAAGCACAGAGAAACCCUGGAAGGUGCAUGCAAAGUGGGUUUUGGACACAGGUGCCUUUAAUGAAUGGAUGAAUGAGGAGGACUAUGAGGUGGACGAGAACAAGAAGCCAGUCAACUUUCGACAUAGGAUCUUCCCCAAAGAGGAAGAGUCUUCCCGUACACCUGAUCGCAAGGAGCGCAAGGCCAACUCUGCUAGCAAGAAGAGGAGACGCUCGCCCUCGCCACCCAGCACUCCUGCCGAAUCCCGCAAGAAAGGAGGAAAGAAGGGGAACCCAGGGCCAUACUGGAAGCGACGGGGGCACAGAGGAGGAGAGGAAGAAGACACAGAGGAGGACAUGACAAAGGACUUGGACGACUCCUCGGCUGGUGCCAGCAUGGAGGAGGGCAGCAUGUCCAAAAAUGCAAAUUCAAAGAAAGACAGUGAGAAUACUCCGAUCAAAGGAGGGAAUAUGGCAGAUUUGGAUGACAUGGAAGAUGACUCUGUGCUGUCUGGUGGAAAGGAUGAUGAAGAACAGAGCAAAGGAGAUGUCCACCGACUGAUGGACGCUAGUGAGGACAACGUGACUGAACAGACGCACCACAUCAUCAUCCCCAGCUAUUCUGCUUGGUUCGACUAUAACUGCAUUCACGAGAUCGAGAGGCGAGCCUUGCCUGAGUUCUUCAAUGGAAAGAACAAGUCCAAAACUCCAGAAAUAUACCUGGCCUACCGAAACUUCAUGAUUGACACUUAUCGGCUAAAUCCCCAGGAGUACCUCACCUCCACCUCCUGCCGCAGGAACCUGACUGGGGACGUCUGUGCCAUCAUGAGGGUUCAUGCAUUCCUGGAGCAGUGGGGUUUAGUGAACUACCAAGUGGAUUCUGAGAGUCGCCCGUUGCCCAUGGGCCCCCCACCCACACCACACUUCACUGUGUUGGCUGACACACCCUCUGGCCUCAUGCCUCUCAACCACCGACCCCCAACAAUUCCCCCUCCGCAGCCGAUGCCUAAUUUUGCAGAUAAAAUCAAAGACAAACCGAUUGACCUGCAGAACUUAGGCCUCCGCUCUGACCUCUACAACAAGAAAAACAUCAAGCAGGGUAAACCAGUCACCACCACAAGAGAAUGGACCGAACAGGAGACUCUGCUUCUGCUUGAGGCCCUCGAGAUGUACAAAGACGACUGGAACAAAGUGUCAGAGCAUGUUGGUUCACGCACCCAAGAUGAGUGUAUUCUACACUUCUUACGGCUGCCAAUCGAAGACCCAUACCUGGAGAGCACUGAGACAUCCCUAGGCCCUCUGGCCUACCAGCCCAUACCGUUCAGCCAGUCUGGAAACCCUGUCAUGAGCACAGUAGCCUUCCUGGCCUCUGUAGUGGAUCCCAGAGUGGCAUCUGCUGCUGCUAAGGCAGCCUUAGAGGAGUUCUCUCGUGUGCGUGAAGAGGUGCCAGCUGAGUUGGUGGAGGCUCAUGUGAAGAAGGUGCAAGAGGCUGCAAAGACCACAGGCAAAGUGGAUCCCACCUUUGGCCUGGAGAGCAGUGGCAUAGCUGGGACUGCCCCAGAGGAACCAGAAAAGACUGAAACAACAGAGACAGAAAAGAUGGACACAGACACGGACUCCCAGCAGGCUGAUAAGGCUGAGUUGAAGGACGAGGCGGAGAAACCCAGUGAGUCUGCAGAGAAGAGUGACAAGACAGAGACAACAGAAAAUGUAAAGAAGGAGGGAAUUGAGACACCAGAGCAUGAAGAGGAGAAUGAAGAGGGAGGGGAGGACAAAACAUCUCCAGCAGACAAAGAGAAGGAGGAAGUCAUGGAGACUUCAUCAUCAUCGGAGCAGGAGAAGGAGCAGGAGGAGAAGGCACCUACAGAGGAGGGAGAGGACAAGAGGAAGAAGCUGGAGCAUGACAUUGGAGAGGGAAACAUCGCCACUGCAGCUGCUGCUGCCCUUGCAUCUGCUGCCACCAAGGCCAAACACUUGGCAGCAGUUGAGGAGCGGAAGAUCAAGUCUCUGGUUGCUUUGCUGGUGGAGACUCAGAUGAAGAAGCUGGAAAUAAAGCUGAGGCACUUUGAGGAGCUUGAGACCAUUAUGGACCGAGAGAAAGAGGCUUUGGAGCUUCAGAGGCAGCAGCUUCUCACCGAACGACAGGCCUUUCACAUGGAGCAGCUGAAAUAUGCUGAAAUGAAGGCGCGGCAGCAGAUGGAGCAACAAGCUGCUGCUGCUGCUGCAGCCGCUGCUCAGGCCCAAGGACAGGGACAGGCCCCUGGCUCAGGACCCCACCUUGGGCCCCCUCCACCAGGCAUGCACCCUGGAGGACCUUCACCACACCAUGGAGGACCUCCUCCCCACCAUGGUGCCCCCCCAACCCAUCACGGAGGACCCCCACCAGGUGCUGCAAUGCACCCUGGUUUCCCCCCCAUGGGCCAUCACCCCAUGGCCCCUCAUCACCCAGGACAGACAGGACCAAUGGGACCAGGCCAGCCAAUGCCGGGACGUAUGAUGUCUGGUCCACCCCCUGCUGGCCCCCCUCCUGGAGGCAUGCCUCCCAUGAUGCCUCCACGCCACCCUGGAGCCCCCAAUGGCAUGUAUCCUGGCCCCCCACCUGCACAACCUGAGGUGAUACCUCAAGUUCCAGUGGGUCCACCAGCACCUUCAAGUGGACGAGUGGCUGACAACUAAGACCCACACCCAAAAACACACACACACGUGAAACUAACUUUGUCUCCAAACAGCAGUCCCCCUUUUUGAUGACCUUUGCUACUGGCUCGAUAUUUUUCCUCAAGAUCCUGAUCCACCAAUCUUCAUCACAAGACACACACAAACACACACUUACACUCUGGGUUCUUAGGCAAAGGUAACCCAACUUUACAAACACCCAUGCAGACUUCCUCUCAGGGCACAGUGGCAAGGUUUGUGUAGUAAUUAACACUGUUUUCUGCUCUGUCAGGCGAAAGGGAGGCUAUAGAGAAUAACCCUGUGUACAGAAAACCAAACGAGAGACAAAAUGGAUAAAAAUAAUCUGUCUCACCUCAUUUCUCUUCCCAGUGAUGUUUGAAAUAACACACUAACCUUUCUCGUCUCACAAACACACACACACACCCCUUGUCUGGUUCUUCUUUCUCCCAGACAAACACUAGGGGGAGCUUGUUAGAUCAGAGGGCCAAUCAGACAUGCAGGGGUGUGCUGAGCAGCCUAAGGCAAUUAGAUUGUUCUGACAAUUACAUGAUUAAAACACACACAGAGGACCCAGCCUGCCCUCACUCUUGCCGAGUAUCUACCUCUCGCUCCUCUUUAAAUGAUACACUGUAGUUCUGUGUGUGUCUGUGAAUGUGUGUGUGUUAGACAGAGGGAUGUUUGAUGCCAGUCUGUGCCUUUUUCACACAUUAAUGUCAGCUCCACUUUUCAGUUUCUGCACUAAUUGAGUGCAAACAUUUGAAAAUAAGGCAGGUCAAAUGGUGUGCAUGUUUGAAAGUAUCUGAUGAUGCGGCCGGUUUUUAGCUGCAAAUACAAAGCCUGAAAUCUGCAGAAAUGUAGUUUUGAUUUCUGUUUUAGCAUGCGUUCCCGCUCCUUGACCCAAACAAAUAUGGCAGCUGUAUAUAGUAUCAUUUAAUCACCUGUGUUUGUGAAGCAGAUUUCAACUGUUAUUCUUUGCAUAUUUAAGGAAAUAUUGGUUACAAAAUGAUGCAAGAGUUUUCCAAAUGCAUCAGAAUUUUGUCCUCUUUGUUUUUUUUCUUUAAUUUUUACAAACCUGGCAAUGAAAUGAAUGAAUAUCCUGUCUAGUAUUUAGUGUAAUAUUUUGGUAUUCUCUGACAUCCAUGCUAAAAAAUUUUAAGUCUUAAAACAAGAUUGUGUAACAUCCUUCUUGUUUUAGCAAAAAAUUAGUUUAGCUGUAGUUUAACGAUAAUCUGGUUUUCUGAUACCUUAUUGUUUGGGGGAAAAAGCUUCCCUGUCACCGAUCCAGUCCCACAUAACACAAAUGUUCCAUCUGAUUGGCUUGAGAGGCCAUCAGAGGAGUCACAGACUGCAACCAUUCCUCCUUCUGUCAAACCACCCACAGCACUGUAACACACAAAAAAAUGUCAGCUAAGCUGAGGCGAACACUGGAGACUGCGCAUACACAGACUUGGCCAGACCCUGCCACAAAGCACUGAACCUCACACACAUAAUCUCCUGCUGACCCUUCACACCGCCUUUACACAGAGGGGGAUGCUGUGAUGCAGCUCGGCUGAAACAUCGGAGCGUGACAACGCUCUUUCUCAGCACGGUGGGCUUCUAGGUGUUUUUAGGUGCUGAUACUGUAGCGAAUAAACCUCACCCCCUUCCUCUGCUCCGUUUCCUACGCGUAGCGCUGCCUACCUCGCUAACCCCUCUUUUCCCUUGUUUUUCAGCCACUAUGAAUUCAGCAAUAUCCUUAAACCAGUUAUGGUCAAAACACACAAUCCCAAACUUUAUGACAGUUCUCAAACCCUAUGUCCUUUGAUGUUGCCGUAAAUGUAAACAAGGGGUGCAACCACUGAAACUAAUAAAUAUUAGUAAUUGUUGAACCAGGCACUGCUUUGAUAAAUGACAAAAGAAAAAAUGCCAGCAAACUCUGGCUUCACCUCAAGUAUUUUCAUUUUGAAGCUGGUUUUUCUUUGAACAAAGUAUUUGGGCUUCUCACUACUUAAGAGUAUUCAUCCCUUGUGGAGAAUUAACAGAUAAAUGAAAAAGAUCCUCAGCUGCGGCCUGUAUAAGGUCACCAUCAAUUUAUUCAUGGUAGUUUCCCAAAAUGCUGGAAAAAAUGCAGCAAUUGUGCUUAUUUUUGGAACAAAUUACAGUAAAAGGCUGUUCUUGAUCUGUGAGAAGCAUGUUGACUGAACUGUUUGGUUUAAUAUAAUAUUGCCAUGCAGUGGUGCUUAAACAUUUCCAAUAUUUUUGUGCAUUCUAAGAUCUUUUUUUUUUUUAUUAAUUUUCACUCAAAAGUUCAGAAUGAAAUUUUUCAUCCUUGAUCUUUGCAAUAGCAGAUCCCUCAGCAGUGUGUAGCUGGACCUUUGCUUUUUAAUUACGGUCUUCUGCAUUCGUUGAGACUGCAGAUGUUCACAUCUCUUCCUGUGAACAGCUUAUCAUCCCAUCGCCAACUUCUUACAUUUAUAAAACCCUCAGUGAAAAUUACAUGUACUCUUUUCCCCCCAGAUAAUUUAUGCUUUAAACCGUUUGGAAACACAACUUAUAUUUAUAAAUGUAUGUUUUACGUGUAAGUUUGCUUCAAAUUAAAGUAACUUGUUCACACAAGUUGCCAUUAAACCCAAAAAGUCAUUUUAAUGUAGAUUCUUAAGCUACUGCUCCUGUCCCUUUGCUAGCACUGUUAGUAUCUCUGCUACCUCUUUCUCGUUCAUCUGCUAGCUACCUCUUCUAGAAAUCUUCCUCUUGCUAUCGGCUACCUCUCUGUGCACCCUGUUGCUACCUCUUGUAUGCCUUUCCUUUCUUUUUUGAUUCCUCUUUAAUCUCUUCUUUGUGCUGCCCACGUGACUGCUGCAUCGCUCACUGCUGCCCUCUUCUGCCCGUCUGCAGGAAGAAGAAACACAAACGUAUUCGGUCAUUCACUCACGCUCUUAUUUACUGUGCCCUUCUUUCCUACAUAAUUACCAGUCUUGUUCUGUAAUUUCACUUAGUAAAUAUGAUGGGAUCCCCUCUUACAGAUAUUAUCUUUAAUGGAUACUUUUUGUGUUAAUGGUAAUAAUGUAUUUUUAAGGAGGUUUUGUGUAGAUGGAAGUUUUCUUUAUUCUUUGUAGCAUUUGUUUUCAUUUUGUUUUGUAUGGGGUCUGUUGGUACUUGGACCUAGACACUGUCAAAUAAACUGUGUUUUCUA